AUGAAGUUAAACAAAAUAAAUCUAAUUGCUGUAAUUUUUGUUAUUUGUUUGGUUGGAACACAUUUUCUAAAUUCAGCUGGACUAAGAAACAAAAAAAAGAAUAAAAGUGAAACUAAAAAUAUCCAAGAAAAAUUGGAACCUGAUACAAAUGGAUUUAUGGAAUCAUCUAUUACUUCUGGUGGUAGUAGCACAUUAUUACAAAGAAAUAGAGAUGAAAAAAAAGAAGAAAGAAGAAAAUUAGCAAUGAAUAAAGAUGAUGACGUCAGUGAGGAAGACGAAGAAGAAGAAGAAGAUGAAAAGAAUAAAGAAAUUACAACAACAGUUAAUCCAAAUAAUGAAGUUCAAAAAGCAAUUAACAAAAAUAGUAAAACUUCUCCUAUAACACAUAAAUUACAUAGAGAAAAAGAAUUAGAAGAAAGUAAUGAAGAAUUCGCUAGAAAAGUUCAUUUAAAUGGUGGGAGAAAAAAUAAAAGAUCUGAUGAAAUUCAUUCUCUUGGUAGGGCAAAAGAAUUAGAUGAAAAUAAUGAAAUAGUUAAUGCUAAGCCAAAAAAUGAAAAUAAAAAUAAACGGUCAAUUAAUAUUGAAUACUUAAAAAAUGAAAAGAGAUUUUAA